UCGCGACGGUCGAGCACCGCGGCGCUCGUCCCGGCUCGCAGGACUCGAGGCAAUAUAAAUCAUUUCGAAUACUUGGUACGGUUUAUCGGUCGGUUACUCAUCGUGCCCCGUCGCGAGCUGUGCGCGUCGUCAACGUCUUCGCUCCCCGUCACGUCGCGGGAAAUGUUGUAUGUACUUCGCGUGACCGCGCUUUCAAUUAACUCCAUUGCGUUCGGUCGUUCCAUCACUAAAUUUAGCCUACCUAAUUCGCGCUACCGAGGAACAUGAUUUACGUGUAACGACGCCAUCGAUCUCUCCACGUUCGACACGCUUGUAUCAUCCCGUACGCUCCUCCAUCGUCGAUAUCAUCCAUUUUUCCGUUCGCGCACCGAAGGGUCCUCCGCGAUGCGUCGAUCCGCAGUGCACGGGAACCGGUAACGAUCUUCUGCUCUUGAACCUCGAGAGUGCCCUGGAAAACACGAACUCGUCACCGAACAGGAAACAAGAGACGGAAGCGAUGCAGAAGAGGCACAGUGCUCGUUUAAAUUUCAUUGAAAUUCCUACGGUUACAUUUACGAGGCGCAUCCCCACUCAAGGCGGAAAGGAACGGACACACGACAGGACACCGCUGCUGUGGAAAGGUACGAACGGUCCCAGACCGACGUACGUGGGUGCUAACAAUGGUAACGCCGGUGGCGCCGGGGGCGGCGGCGGUGGCGGCGGCGGCGGAGGCGGCGGCGGCGGCGUCGGCGUAGGUCCUGCGAGCGGCGGCGGCGGCGGAGGAGGAGGUGGCGGCGGCGGUGGAGGUGGAGGACGGUACCCGAGCGCAGCGGCCGCGGCUGCGGCGGCGGCCGGCCAGAUGCCCGUCGGAGCACAGCAACUACCGCCUACGGCGAAUCCUUACGCCACCGCCUCCUACGCACAACACGCGUCGUAUGGUGGACAACGGGUGCCAACAGCCUCCUCCCCAGCUAAUACCAAUAGUAGUUGUAGCAGCGCUACUGGCAGUCAAAGUGGGACAAUGAGCACAAGUCUUAGCAAUAAUGCUAUACAAGGACAACAAGCAGAACAGUUGUCAAAAACAAAUUUGUAUAUUCGUGGCCUCAACCAAAAUACAACUGACAAGGACCUCGUUAACAUGUGUUCUCAAUAUGGAACUAUCACCUCUACAAAGGCAAUUUUGGAUAAAAACACGAAUAAAUGUAAAGGUUAUGGAUUUGUAGACUUUGAGUCACCAGUGGCGGCAGAGGGUGCUGUGAAAGCACUGGUCGCCAAGGGCAUCCAAGCGCAGAUGGCGAAAGUGGGUAUCUGGUUGCUCCGUAGACUGCCCAGUGUACGUUGGUUGUGCAUGCAAAUUGAAGUAAAUUGUCGUAAAGUAUAAGUAUAUUCAAGUAAC